UCUUCCAGGAGACUACUGUAAUGACAGAUCCUUCAGUGGUGGAUCACCUGACACAACUGAAACUCAAACUCCUAGAAAAGAGACUAGAAAAUGAACAGGAGAACAUAGAGAAGAUGGAGUCAUUUCUCCCGAAUGCAAGUAAAGAGAAGCGGAACAGACGUGAAGAUAUGCUCCAAAGUGCCCUAAGGCGAAGGAAAGAUCUCCUGCAGGAGCUUAGGGAGCAGCACCUUCUGGAAGAGCUUUCUCAGCCCCCUGCACCAGGUGGAGGACAGUGUCAUAAUCACAGAGCUGCUCUCCCACAUGUCUUCCAGAUACCUUUUCCAGCUCCCCAGGUGGAGCCACCAAGGAUUAUCCAGCAGACGAUGCCGCCUCAACCUGCCACCAUCAUCCAGCAGUUACCUCAGCCACCCCCCCUGAUCACGCAGAUCCCCUCUGCACAGCCUUUUGCAGCCCCGCACUCUGGAAGCAUUAAAGAAGAUAUGGUAGAGAUGAUGCUGAUGCAGAAUGCUCAGAUGCACCAGAUCAUCAUGCAGAACAUGAUGCUGAAGGCUCUGCCACCGAUGGCGUUCGCACAGCCCGCAGGAGCCAGCUCCUCCCUGCUUCAGCAUGCGCAGCAGGACCUGCAGUUUGCUGCUCCCCUGGCUGUGAAAGCAGACAGACCCAGGCCGUCUGCGGUGCACCACCACCACCACUACCCUCCCCCAGGAGUGCUCCCAGUGCCCCACGGGAGCCUCCCGUCCACAUCCAUGGCACGUCACUGGACCGGCAGCACGCUCCCUGGCCUGCCUUCGUGGCCCACAUACUGACAGUACGU